AUGAAAAUAGAUCCCAAUACGUAACCUCAUCAACCUUCUUUGAUUCCCAGCCAACUCUUUUUCUUUUUCUUUUUUUUCACUUCAUUCUCACACUCUCACAUUUCUUCAUAUGGCACAACUUCAACUGCCACUUCCGAGUCAAACUCCGACUCGUCAACUCACCUCUCGCUUAAAUUUAGCGGUGGCUCAAAGCUUCGUCGGCAAGCGUUUUAAGCUUCAAGAACGCGGUUCUACUUUUACAACCGAGUUACGUGCCGGUACAGCCACGUUUCUCACCAUGGCCUACAUUCUUGCCGUCAACGCCACCAUCAUAGCUGACUCCGGUGGCACCUGCUCUGUUUCCGAUUGCACCCCUCACUGCUCUCACGCCAAAAUUCCCCUGGCCCAAUGCCCCACCAACCUUCUUAUCCAACCCGACUCCUCAUGCAAGUACCCGCCCGUCAACCCUGGUUACGCAGCGUGUGUUGAACGCACGCGCCGUGAUCUCAUCGUGGCCACUGUCAUAUCCUCUCUCGUGGGGUCCACCAUAAUGGGCGUCUUCGCCAACCUUCCAUUGGCGCUCGCGCCAGGCAUGGGCGCCAACGCAUACUUCGCCUACUCCGUCGUCGGAUAUCACGGGUCGGGUUCAAUACCCUACCGAACCGCAUUAACAGCUAUCUUCUUAGAAGGCUUAAUUUUUCUUCUAAUAUCGGCCGUUGGAUUCCGCACCAAACUGGCGAAACUCGUUCCCAAACCCGUCCGAGUUUCCUCCUCUGCCGGAAUCGGUCUCUUCCUGGCCUUCAUUGGGCUUCAGAGCAACGAAGGCAUUGGACUCGUCGGGUUCAGCCCAUCAACACUCAUCACACUCGGAGCCUGCCCGAAAGACAAACUAACAGCGUUAGCUCCCGUCACAACAAUCAACGGAACCGUUAGUUUAAUCCCUGGCGGCAACGUCUCCGACAAGAUACUAUGUUCGGGGAGCCGCAUGGAGAGUCCCACCCUAUGGCUGGGUCUUGUUGGGUUCGUCAUCAUAGCUUAUUGCCUGAUGAAGAACAUAAAGGGCGCUAUGAUAUACGGCAUCGUUUUCGUGACCGUGAUCUCGUGGUUCAGGAACACGCCAGUUACGGUGUUCCCCAACACUGAGUUCGGCGACGAGGGUUACAAUUACUUCAAAAAGGUUGUUGACGUGCACGUGAUUAAAUCCACGGCGGGGGCGCUUAGUUUUGCUCACAUGGGGAAAGGUGCAUUCUGGGAGGCACUGUUCACGUUCCUGUACGUUGAUAUAUUGGACACGACAGGGACUUUAUAUUCGAUGGCUAGAUUCGCGGGGUUUCUCGACAUGAACGGUGAUUUCGAGGGUCAGUAUUUCGCGUUCAUGUCCGACGCUUCGUCUAUCGUGGUGGGGUCGUUGCUGGGCACGUCACCAGUGACGGCGUUCAUCGAAUCCUCGACGGGGAUACGCGAGGGGGGACGGACGGGGCUGACGGCGAUAACGGUGGCGGGGUAUUUUUUUUUGGCGUUCUUUUUCACACCGUUGCUGGCUUCCAUUCCGGCGUGGGCGGUGGGGCCGCCGCUGAUCUUGGUGGGGGUGAUGAUGAUGAAAUGUGUGACGGAGAUUGAUUGGGAGGAUAUGAGGGAAGCGAUACCGGCGUUUGUGACGAUUCUGAUGAUGCCGUUAACCUACUCUAUAGCUUAUGGGUUGAUCGGAGGCAUUGGAACGUAUGUUGUGUUGCAUGCGUGGGAGUGGGGAGAGAAAUUGAUGAGGGAAUGCGUGAGCAAGGGGAAGAAGAAGAACUUUAAGGAUGCUUCAUCCAAUCUCAACGUAAAUGCAAUGACAAACACAAACGCUCGUGUUGUAGAUCACCAUGAACUAGAACAUGAUAAAGCUAUUCAAGUAUAAGAUUAUGUAUAUCUUUUAUAUUAGGAAACAACGCUAUUUAAUCCAA